UUUUUUUCCUCGAAGAGCUAUCAGCAGGUAUCGAGAGAUCAGAGUCUUGUGAUCAAUUUGCGAAGUACUUUUCUGCAACUUCUCUGUAUUUCGCAAAUUUUGUGAAUUAUCUCCUGUUCUGAAUUCGAAAAAAUGCCAAUCUGCGGACCAAAACUGUCGCUAUGCGGACUUAUCGUGUCCGUUUGGGGAAUAAUCCAGCUGCUGCUGAUGGGUGUCUUCUACUACAUCCAUAGUGUGGCAUUGAUCGAGGAUCUUCCGCUGAAAGAGCAUUACGACACACCGCAGGAAUUUUAUGCCGCCGCGGAUCGUGCGUAUAGUCAGAACGCCUACAACUGCUGGAUCGCUGCCUGUAUAUACGUAUUGACACUGGUAGUUUCCGGGCAACAAUUUUACGCCAACAGCCGUACCACCGUUGCUUAAAUGUUGCACAUCUCAUGAUUUUGUUUGUUCCGGUUGUAUUAUGAGUUGACCCUUCUUCUUAACCCAACAGUAUCCAGAGAAACGAAAAAUGGUGUCCCAAUUUGUACAAAGUUCGAUUUUUUCUUCUUUUCGUUAACAUUGUUUUGAGCAGCAGCUUUAGUUUAUUGAAUGCGCGGAGAGCUGUUGAACAUUCCCCUUAGGCUGCAGCAUCAGGAAUAUAUUUCAAUUAGAUGUUUAGUUGAGUGUACAACGCCAGAAAAGUGUGUUUAAUUCUUUGUACGCUGUGUAUGUAAAAUAAAAAAGAUAAAAUAUAUAA